UAUAUGUAGAUUGUGGACAGAGAAUGUUGCAACCUAUAAAUCCCACGGGUAGCUGGGAGACCAGAAACAAAGUAAAACACCCAGACCCCACCAUGUUAGGUUGUGAAAAUUGGUAGUUUACCUGUGGAUUUGAAUAGAAUAAAUGUUCCCAUAGAAAGUAAAGAAAAAAUCCCCUGACCAUGGAUCCCCGGUACAGUGCCCAGGAUGUUGUACGCUGCACUCUGUGUCGGGACUCUGUGGCCCCCAUGUACUGUGCAGUUUGUCACAUACAUCUGUGUAAUGAAUGUGUAGACAAACAUUUCUCUGAUUCCUCUAAAGUCCAUAAUGUGGUGCCACUUAAACAGUAUUUAAACACUCUGAACUAUCCCAAGUGUAGGCAACACCCCACCAAACAAUGUGAACUCCACUGUGAACAAUGUGACAUUCCUAUUUGUGCACAAUGUAUUUCUACUCAAAAACAUUUAGGACAUAUACAAGUUGACAUUCUUAAAACCUUUGAAAGCAAAUCGGAAAUGUUGCAAAAAGAUUUGCAAGAAUUAGAGAAAUCCAUUUAUCCUAAAUACAAAGAGAUUGAAUCCAACAUUCCAGUGCAAAAAGCUGAUCUGAGUAAAAACUCACAGAAAUUGACAACAGCAAUUGACAAACAAGGAGAAGUCUGGCACAGAGAAAUAGACACCAUUAUCACAGACAUGAAAUCUAAUGUAGAGGAAAUGGAAUCCAAACACCUGGUCAUCCUGAAUAAACAGGAAGAUGAAAUCACACACACCAUUUCUGAAAUCACACAGACCAUUGCUGAACUGAAGAAGUUACUGAACUCCAAAGAUGUGUGCCUUGUCUCUGAGUACAAAUCCAGGAUUGCUGAAUUCAGAAGAUUGCCUCCUAAACUCAAGGUGUCCUUCUCAAACUUUAGGCCUCAGAAAAUCCACACAAAUCAGCUGAUAAAACAGUUUGGUUCUCUGUCUGCAUUAUCUUUUACCACAGAGGAACAAAACUACAGCAUGCCACCCCAGGGGGGCGAGUCCUCUCUCGUAGACCAGUCAUUGAUGAAUGUACCCCGCGUCAUCACAGCUAUAAACAUAGGGUAUAGAUUUCUAUACGGUGUGGCAUGUCUGAAUGAGACAGAGAUCUGGACGUGUGGUAAUGACAGCAUGAUGAAACUCUACAACCUGCGUAGGGGGGAACGAGUGAAGUCCAUCCAAACCAAGUCAGGGAACGAUCCAUGGGACAUAGCAGUGACAAGGAGUGGGGAUCUAGUUUAUACUGAUUACAAUGAUAGAACUGUGAACAUAGUGAAGAAUACACAGAUACAGACAGUGAUCAGACUACAGAGGUGGAGACCUCGCAGUGUCUGUAGUACCUUCUCUGGUGACCUCCUGGUUGUCAUGGACAGUGAUGAUAAACAAACAAAAGUUGUGCGUUACUCUGGCUCCACAGAGAAGCAAAGUAUUCAGUAUGAUGACAAAGGACAACUUCUCUAUUUAUCUGGUGGAUAUAAAUACAUCAGUGAGAACAGAAACCUAGAUAUCUGUGUGUCAGACCGUGAUGCCCGUGCAGUAGUGGUGGUCGAUCAUGCCGGAAAACUCCGGUUUACCUACACUGGUCCUCCCUCUACUACCAAGGGAUCAUUUGAUCCACAUGGCAUCACAACAGACAGCCAGGGUCGGAUCCUGACAGCAGACCGUAGCUAUAACAAGCACUGUAUCCACAUCCUGGAUCAGGACGGACAGUUCCUCCGCUACAUUGACAACUGUGGUUUAGACCUUCCACGGGGUUUAUGUGUUGACACCAGAGACAACCUCUUUGUGGCUGAGUUUGACACAGGUAAAGUGAAGAAAGUUCAAUAUCGCAAGUAAAUCAAUUAACUAAAUGAAUUAGAUGUAAGCAAACAAACCAAGUAUAUAUUACAUACUGUAGGUAAAUAUUAUACGUAAAGUAAACUGUUUACAGCUAACUGAAUAUAUACGGUGUAUAUUAGAUGGGAUUACUAUAUGUGUUUAUAUUGUACAUACAGCGAGCACUGAGUCAGUAUUGCAGAUCAAAUAUGUAAAUGUAAAUUUUCUGCAAUGAUCACUACCUUCAUAUCUCGUAUGAAAUAUGUGUGACAUGUAAGCAAUUUAACCAGAUCUAUUAGACGUUAACACAUUACAUGUAGGUUUCCAUGUGUAUAAUCAUUGCAUGUCAUCUAACUAUGUGCGUUUUUAACGCCAAGUUUUUAUAUCUUUAAUGUCAAUAAAAUGGGGUUUUUUUUCAAAUUACAUGUAGACUGUUUAUUAUUGUAAAGUACGAUUAAACAGAUUGGCUGUGUCUAUAAGGUAAAUAAUUAACCACAACCUCUAUUUUUAUGAGAUGUACAUAAGAUGACAGUUUAUUUAUAAUGUCAACAAACUUUGGUGGGUUUUUUUUACAUGAAAAAUGUUAAGGUUAAUAUCUAUGUGUCACAUGUGGUUAUCAACAAACUUUUUGAUACAUGUAUUUAAAAAUACAUGUAACGAAGGUUAAUGGACCUGUAGUACUCAAUUCUUUACCAGCAAUGAAGCGAGGCCAUAAAGGGACUGAGGCCCAUUACUUAUAAAGAGGAGUAGUACAGGUAUACUAAACUAAGUAGAAUUCCAAUUGUCUCAGCUAAUUAUCAUAACUCACCUUUAAGUCUUAAGAUUUAGAAUAGUCAUGUGUCAUUUUCUAACAGCCAUGUUUUCUUUAAUGAAUGUUCAAAUUUCAGCGAAUCUAGAUCCCAAAGAUUCAGGGCCUUAUUGUUUUUUCUCUGAGUUUUUCUUUUCUUUUUUUUUUUUGCUGAACUCAUCGGCUGCUCCUGAAAAAUUUAAUUUAACAAGUAGUAUAUUUACAUGAUGAUGUUUUGAAUGAAUUUUUUGAGUUUUUAUAAUAAAAUUUUUGCUAGAAAAAUUGUGUUUUAAGUCAUAUCAACAGUUACACUUUUACUAUGGCAUUUAAUCCAUUUGAUCAAAAAUGCCGUUAAUGGUAUUUAAGAAGAUAGGAACUUUCUCUCUGCACAGGCCCAUAAAUGCCAUUAAAUGUAAGGUACAUGUAUAUACCGGUAUACCCUCUCAAUAUAAAUACACACCAGGUAUGCAUGCAACAUUACCUUUGUAACUGACAAAAGGCACUGGCGGGAAUUUUAAAACAAUGAAAAUAUUAAAGUACUGCUGCCUUACUGUGUCUAUAUUUUGGCAAAUUUGAAACCUUUGAAGCAUAAAAUACCAGAUAAAUUAAUUUUGGACAUAGCUCAAUCUACCAAUCUAAUAUAACUGUAUAAACAACUGCAAAUCUUAGCUAGCAAAGGGUGAUGAUCCAUGGUGUUUUUCUACAAUCAAAUCACCUCACAAUUUUCUGUCGCGCGCUAAAAAAAAAAGCGUGCAAUUGAAAAGGGCAAGGUGAUACACUUGCGUUUCUCAACCCACUUGAUAUCAUCACUCUUGGCUAGCAAAGGUGUAAUUGUAAUAAAACUAAAGUUUAACAUAGCAAUUGUGAUCAAAAUGAAACCAUAACUAUGUUAUAAAUGUUUGAUAUAACAGUAGCUAUUGUAGAAUCAACUCAAUUUUAACUGCUAUAUUGCAAAUAUUGAUGAAAAUUUGAAAAUAUGAAAUGCAAUAUAGCACACCUAUAUGCAGUGUUUUCGUUCACUCUCUGUAAAAUUGUUG